UUCACUGUCUUUUGUUUUGCUUUUUUUAUAGCAGCUGCCUCUGACAUUCUUUCCUUUCCUUCCAUUAAUGUCUUGCACUGCUUUGUUCCAUCUACUACUGAGGAUGUUACUGGAAAACUGCCGUGCAUUCAUGUUUAGAAUAAUGAUGUGUCUCCACCUUGACAGGUGGAGGCUAAAUACAGAUUAGCCGUCUUAUCAAAGUGACCCAAUACAUGAGGCACCACCCUUCAACCCAUUUCGGGAUAUGAGAAAAAACAGUGUCAAAAUCACAUAAAUCCAUGUUUAAACUGCCAUAUACGGUAAAUACAGCUCCUUGUUUUACAAUUAAUUCAAAAGAACCCAAACAGACACCUGUGUGAUUUACUGUCUUGUGUGAUAGCAUACUUCAGAUACUGGCGUGAUCACACAGUGGGGCCUUGUUUUAAUCAGAUUAGUGGAUUAGGAUUGUUUAUGCAGAUUACUUUAUAACCCAGAUUGAGGGAGACUAGAGGGAUUCUUGAGCAGGACUUCGGGGCAGAAGGACUGCUCCCUGUAAGGAUUCAGAAUGCCGGUCAUCAAUGUGGACGACCUGACGGACAAGGACAAGGCUGUAAUGGAAGUAAACCAACUUAAAAUUGAAGUGAAACUUGAGAGAUGGUUGACAUCUAAAUGCUGUGAGGAAAUCAAGGAGUACAUUCAGGCUGGAGUGGAGGAGGACAUCCUCGUCAAAGGUAUUCCAGAGGAUAAGAACCCCUUCAAGGAGAAAGGUGGCUGUGUCAUCUGCUAGACCGGACCUGAGGAGCUUUUUACAUCUCAGAUUAGCAUCCCAAGGACAUUUCUCCCUCCCCUAAUAAUACUGAUUAGCAGACUGAGAAGACUAGAGGAACAUAAUAAAGAAAAGAUUUAUAAAUCAUCAAAAGUUUCUGUGUAAGCGAUUCCCCAUCUUCUGUCCAGAUUUGUAGCCUUACAAUUUUACACUUUGAAAAGAUGCUAUAAAUAAGAGUUGCAUUUGGCAAGGGUUAUAUAAUGCUUCUGUCUCAUGUGGUGUAUAUAGUCUGAGAAAAUGGGCCCAUGUGCUGUUUCAUACACAGAUACAUCUGUCAUUAAAUGUGCUUCUUUAUGACAGUCUGUCUCCAUCAUUCACUG